AUGGAAGUCGACACGGAGUUAUCGUCCGACGCCCUAGUUCGCCGAAAACGGCCAUAUGGGGGCCUCACUAUUUUUAACUCCGAUUCUGACACGGAGACGGAGACGAGAAUGGCUGCGAAAAGCAAGCCUGCUAUUCGCGGCAAAACUGCCAAAGGUCGUGGCAGUGGCCUCGCUCGGGCUAAGGCUGAGCUGAAGGCUAAGACCAAUGAGGCUAGAGAGGAGGCCUUCGAACGAUCGCUUCGUAGUCGAGCGUUUCGAAAGGAACCUCCUCAGACUGUUUUGGACUCCGAGGAAUCUUCCUCCUCGGAUGUCCACGCCGAGGAUCCUACGAAAAUGGGCGCGGAGGAACUUCGUGCACAGGCGGGCCGAAGCGCAGCCCUCAUUUUAGAGGUGGCACAAAAGUCCUCCAACCUAAAAGGAGGAUUUGGCAAAAAACUGCGGGAGUCGGCGGCUGCACUACAGGCCAUUGUAGAUGCCUUAGCGUCUCGGACAGAAGCCGAGGAAACUCGAAAGCUCCGCGCUGAUAAUGGACGCCUGCGCAAAGAGGUGGACAGCCUUAAGGCUGAGGUGAAGGCUCACCGCCGCGAGUUCGCGGAGAUGCGGACCAAGGUCGCUGUGGUAAAUGAGGCGUCCACCAGCUCCGCACAAGAUGCUCUCACGGUGGAUAAUUUAAAGGCCUCCAUUAUGUCAUCGAUAGGCGUAAUGCUCAACGCCCGAUUUGCCGAAUUAGAGGAGCGCCUCCCUCCUGCAAAAAUACAGCGCCCUGCAUUAGCUGCAGAUAAGAGGCGGGAAUCAGCGCAGCAAAUUACUGUGACCCACGCGCAGGCAGUUCAUUCGGCUCCACCGCCGAAGUCCGCAACUAUGCGGGUGCCACCAGCUGCUCCACCGGCACCCAUCGCUGGCCCUUCAAGCGUCCCGAUCGCGCCGGAGAUGAUUCCGCCACAGAUGGCCCAGGAGAUGUCCUGGUCCACUGUGGUUAAAAAAGGAAAGAAGGGGAAACAGGCUUCCCCUCCAGUUGGUCCAGCUGGAACAAAGACCACGGUGUUUAAGGCACCUCAAGCGGUUAAGCCAAAGCUGACUGCUCCUCGUACAGCUGCAGUGGUGGUUACGCUGCAGCCGGAAGCGGAGCAGAAAGGUGUCACAUAUGCCCAGGUCUUGGAACGCGCUGAGCAAGGCAUAAAAUUGCAGGAACUCGGGAUCAAUGGCGGGUUAAAAGUCCGACGCUCGGCGACGGGGGCCAGAGUGCUGGAGCUGCCGAGAGCACAGUCGAGCCAAGUAGAAAAACUAGCCGACAAACUCCGCACAGUGUUGGAUGGGGUGGCCAACGUCGUCCAUCCCAUACGGAAAGUGGACAUAAAGUUGACGGGGCUAGACGACUCCGUCACCAAAGAUAAGAUCAUCGCGGCAGUCGCUCGCGAGGGUAACUGUCCCACUGAAGUGAUAAGGUGUGGAGAAAUUGCACGUGCGCACAGUUACAUGGGUAUGGUCCGCGUGACAUGCCCAAUAGUUGCGGCGAAGAAACUAUCUGACGCCGGUCGGCUCUUGGUUGGGUGGAGCUCGGCCAGGGUUUACGUGCUGGAGCAGCGCCCUCUGCGUUGCUACAAAUGCAUGGGCCUUGGCCAUACCAGGAUGCUAUGCCCAUUUAGUGCGGAUCGAGGGAGCCUUUGCUUCCGGUGCGGCGCUGAUGGUCACAAAUCGGCUGAAUGCACCGGGAAGCUGUGCUGUGCGGUGUGCACAGACGCUGGCAAGCCUUCCGGACACAUGAUGGGGUCAAAGGAAUGUAAUCCCCCAAACACGAAAGGUAAGGUGGCCUUAGGCACCCAGUCCACCACCAACGUCGGACAGCGCCCAGCAGAGGAGGAAGCUGCAAUGUCAACAUGA